CAUAACGCAUCUGUUACGUAUUGCAUAAUUUAUUUAGCUUUCGUGAUACACGGGAAAAUUUACGUUUUGCAGUAAGCAAGUUGAAAAUAUAUUUUCACAAGUGAAUAACGGCAAGAAGAUUAAUAAAUAUAGAUAUGGCGUGAAUAUGGAACUUGAUUCGUCAAGUGAGAAAAUUAUAUAUUGCGAAUAUAUAAUAUGUAUAAAGAAAUAUCAACUUGCUAUAGAAUUUGUAAAAGUAUUGGAUUUGUCAUAUCAAGAACUUUCGUUACUUCUGUUAUUAUUUGUUAUUGCAACGUUGAGUUUAGUGGGAAUUCGAAUUAUCCAUGUCUUACAUCAACUGAAAGUAUUGAUAAAAUUUGUAUUUAUAAUCUUCGGAUUAUUGGUGACUUUGAUGAUCGUGUGUUAUUCUGGUCAGAAAUUAAUAGAUGAAAGCCAGAAUAUAUUCUAUCAAGCAUACGCGGCAGAGUGGUAUGAUUUCUCGGCUAGACUGAAAUCUCUAUUGAUAAUUACUCUUUACAGAAGUAACACGCCCUGUGUAUUAAAAGCAGGCAAUAUGAUACCGUUAUCCAUCGCGACCUAUGCGGCGGUAAUACGAAUGGCUAUGUCCUACUUCACAGCGUUCUUAUCACUCCAAGAUUGACUACUGAAUUUUCUAUUUUAAUUCUUCACAAAUCUGUCUUUAUU